AUUCUGCACGAAUCACAUGCAACAUAUGGUUGACAGUCGAAAGUAAUCGAUUAUCGAUAAGAAAGUUGUUUGCAAAACAAUUAUCCAAAUAAGAUGUGAAUUUGUUUUUUUUUCUUGGAAAGAUGCAUUCCCACGCAAAAGAUGGAUCAAUUAAUGUUGGCGGCAGUCAUGAAGGCAAAAUUCGCUGUAUUUUCCUUAGUGAAUUCCAUGCCACUGCAGGUUGCAAAAUUAGCUGUCAGGUGCCCGAUAAUUAUAUAUCCAAAGAGGUCUUCGAUGCCAUUAAUGUUUACAUUAUACCGAAGCAGCAUCUGCAGCGAUGCAUACUUACUGUGAAUGCGAUGGAUGUGAAAAUAGUGGGUUAUCCGGUGGGUAUUCAGGAUCAGCAGAAAUACGCUCGAAACGCGUUCCUCUUCAAUUUGUGUUUCGUUUGCGAUUCUCGUGCACGUUCUGUACAAUAUGAGCCUGUUGUCAAGAAACUAUCUGAAUAUCUCAUCAUGAUGGAAGAGGAAUCGAGCAUUCUUUCGCGGGAAGAUAACAAAGUGCGAUUGCAGAACAUAUUUGAAACGGUUCUGAGGGAUUUAAAUGAGCGCAAGGUGGCCACCAUUGUGGAAGGUGAUAAUACCAUAUAUUUGAAGAUUGUAAUGCAUAAACCAGAUCCUCCGGCUGUCAAGGAUCAUAUGGUGCCAUUGUUAUUAGCUAAUUUAAGAGAUACGCCUCUCGAAAAUUGGGAUUUGACCACACAACAGAUAUUGCCAUAUAUUAAUGGCAUCAAUCAUGUUGCUCGCAUUGCAGCUGAGGCAGAUGUCGAGACGGAUCUGGUUAAAUCAUGUAUACAAAAUUUGGUUUAUUAUGGGGUCGUCCAACUCUUACCCAUUCUUAAAUAUGGUAACGUGUAUAUGACCCAAAAUCUGAAGCAUCUCAUUCAGAGCAGUGAAUUGAGUAACGCUUGCCGCAAGUAUGUGGCUCUCAAUCCGGACAAGAUGCUGCCCAGCGUUCAGCGUAUAUUCCAAUUCUAUGCAUCGAUGACACAUGGCGUUACAUUGCGUGCAAUUUGCCAGCGUCUCUGUCCACAGAAUCACAAUAUCGAUGAGCGAAAGAUGGUUAUCUUUGGGCUACAGCACAAAUUUAUACGCUGCAUUCACAAAUAUCCUGUAUUCACGGGUUCCGUGCCAUCCGGUAGACAAAAAAUGUAUACGGGUCUAAUCAGUUUUGAUGAGAUAUGCUGUAAAACGGGCCUAUCGCCAUGCACAAUUGAGCGAGACAUCGAAAAGGACACGAAUGUGACUGUGAUUUGGAAAUAAUUAACAAAACAAUCUUCAUAAAUUCCACGAGCUGCUGCUGUUGCUGCUGUUUACCAAGUAUGCCUAAAAAUAGACACAAGGUGCCACCGCAAGUGCCAGAAGUGGGAGCACAUGUGCCACAGGACAAAAAACCAAGGCGCCGCCAUGGGGUGUUAACAAUGUUGUACCAACUCCAAAGAAUAAUCUAAAUUUUAACUAUUUUAUAUACAUACAUAGAUAAUGUUUUGUUCUAGCUACAUAUUUAAAUACAAGUGCAUGUACAAAAUUGCAAAUUCUUAAGUUA